AAUACGUCACUUCCUAGUAACCACCACCGGACUCGCGAAACUAACAGGAGAGCUGGAGGCUGGCCCCGGUUCCGUAAGAAGGGGGUGAUGAUGAGAGGGCUGGCCUGUGUCGCGACACUUGGUCAAGAAGCAGCAGCAGCCGGGGAAGCAGCGUCAUGUCCGAGCCGGCCUCCACACCGAGCCGCCGCGGCAGCAAGCGCGGGCGGAGCAGCAACCCCUAGACUCGUAAGUGCAACUUUUCCCUACAGAGGCUUUGCCAGCACAGCUAUACGGGAAGCAAAGGAUGCAUUGGCAAGUGAACAAUCUCUUGAACAAAAACUUGUGAUCUGGGGAACAGAUGUUAACGUAGCUUCAUGCAAAGUUAAGUUCCAGGGCAUUCUGUUUCAACUGCUUGGGGGAUCAAGAAAAGAUUUCAGUCAUACGGGAAGAGGCAAUUUUCAUGCUGAGAUCAACAUUCUUCUGUGUGGUGAUCCUGGCACUAGUAAAUCACAGUUGCUUCAAUAUGUCUAUAACCUGGUUCCUAGAGGCCAGUACACAUCAGGGAAGGGCUCUAGUGCAGUUGAUCUCAUUGGUGUAAUGAAGGACCCAGAGACAAGGCAGCUGGUUCUGCAGACAGGUGCUCUGGUUCUCAGUGACAAUGGCAUUUGCUGCAUUGAUGAAUUUGAUAAAAUGAAUGAAAGUACAAGAUCAGUACUGCAUGAAGUUAUGGAACAACAGACUCUUUCUAUUGCCAAGGCUGGAAUUAUUUGCCAACUGAAUGCUCGCACCUCUGUCCUAGCAGCUGCUAACCCUAUAGAGUCACAGUGGAAUCCAAAGAAAACUACUAUUGAAAACAUCCAACUUCCUCAUACGUUGUUAUCCAGGAAGCCAAAUAUUAUAGUAUACAAGUGGUUAGGGACCCGUCUAACAGGGGAUCUUAAGGCUGCACAGCUCCCUGCCAUCCACUGUGAUGUCCCCAGCAAGCCAGUCUGCUUAAAGCAGUGUUUUCAAACUGCAGGUCGCAACCCAGCUUAUGUGAACAUGAGAGAGAUUGGUGGUGGUGGAGGAAUGGUUUCUGCAUAUCCCUGCCAGCUUGAAUCUUUGAUCCGUCUGGCAGAAGCUCAUGCUAAAGUACGUUUUUCCAACAAGGCUGAAACAAUUGAUGUUGAAGAAGCAAAACGCCUCCAUCAGGAAGUUCUGAAACAGUCUGCUACUGAUCCAAGAACUGGCAUUGUGGACAUAUCCAUUCUCAAGGUUUGUGUUAACAAGGAUAAAUUAGUAUCUAGAAUAAGUGCCACUGUCCAUAAACGUAAGGAGGAGCUGGCUCAAGCCUUGAAGAAGCUUAUCCAGUCCAAGGGUAAAACACCAGCUCUAAAAUACCAACAGCUUUUUGAUGAUCUCCGUGCACAGUCUGACGCAGCUGUCACUAAAGGAAUGCUCGAAGAAGCACUUCGUGCCUUGGCUGAUGAUGACUUCUUGACUGUGACUGGAAAGACUGUUAGGAUUGCUGUGAUGAAAUGCUAGCUUAACAGCAGAGUUUGACUGUUUUUUCCAAAUACUACUCUUGAGACCUGUCACAUUUAAGAAUAUUAUUCACUGUGGUCAAAUUCAUGUUGAUGAUCUGUUGGUGAACACCAUUGCCAGCACUGUAAAUAACUAGAUACUGAAGGACUGCAAAAAGCUGAAAUUAAACACAGUGAUAUUUGUUUUAACAAAAUGGGUUACUAACAUUUCAUUGCAAUGUGUAUUUUCUAUAAAGUGCUUUGUAGAACAAGCUAACAAUUUUUAUGCAUUUUUAAAGCCCAAAUGUCAAAAUUCAUCUAGAACCACUGCUUUUUUACAUCAAUGCAACUUAAAUCAGUGUAUAUUAUUCUUUAGUAUUUUUACUACAGAGAGAUUAGUGCUUGUGAUUUUUGGACAUUAAAAUCCAUUGGCUUUAUUAA